AUGACUCAUAUCAGACCUUCAGUCCCAAAAUUUAAUGAUGAAUGUUUAACUCCAAAGAUGGAAAUGUCUUUAUUAGAAGAAGUUCAGCAUUUAAUUUUUAAAAUGAAUUUGGAUUUUGAGAUCGAAAAGAAAGCAACUAAAAUCAUUUAAACAAUUCCAUUAUAAAACACUCUCACUUCAGCAAAAGCUGUGAUAUUUUUCUGUCUCAAAGAAUUAAAUAGAAAAUUGCCUCAUAUUGAAAAAAAAGUCGAAUACGUCAUUAAAUACAUUGAAUAAUAGUAAAACUUAAAUUUUUCUCAUAUCUGUUAAAAAAUGGGUUUUGGUGAUUAAGUUUCAAGAGUAUGUGAAACUUUAAAAAAACAACUAGUUUAUUUGAUUGGCAAGUUAAACAUAAACAUUUAAAUUGCAAUAACAAUAAAAAUUGCUGCUGAUAUUAUAUUCUAUAAACAAGGUGGCUUAAAUACAAAAUUUUUAGCAUUCCAUACAAAAGUAAAUGAAGAAUAGUUAAAAUGUUCACUCAAUAGAAUUAAGCCAUUUUCAGAAAAAAUAAUGACUGAACUCUUCAAUCAUUACAAUGAUAAUCCUCUUUGA